GACGAAUUUCUUGCUACUGCUGCUGCCGUAGCAUGCUCAGCAUCUAACCCCGGCAGUCACUCCGCUUCCAUGCCAUACAAUGAUUCGGUGUCCACUACCCCCGGCUUUUCCUCCGACACGCACAACUCUACGAAGAAAAAAAGACGCCGCUCUCCAUCCCCAACAUCAGAGGUUGCGUCUGUUGUCGUUGGUAGCACCAAGAAACGGCGCCCAGGGCCAUCCGGGGAUCGAAGCAGUCGUCUUUCUGGAAGUCAAUCAACCUCCCGCAAGAUAAGAAAAGAAGACGAAGAUGAGGCUUCCUGUCAAACCGCUCAAUCAGACACCUUAGCGGAGGAAAGCGAUUUGACACGAGAGUUUGACGAUCCCGAACCAAUUCAUAGAGUCAUGCAUGUGCCCGUCACUGCCAGCAACGGACCACCUGUCUCCUCCAGUUCACGACCUUCACGAGCGUCUAGUAGCAACGCACAAGGUGGAGAAAACGCGAGUGGGAGAUCCAUUUUAUUUGAUUUAGACGAAGAUAACGAUGGGGGAGAAGCUGCGGACACGUUGGUGGGUGUCAACGAUUCCCAUGUGCAUCCGUCAGCAGGGGACGGUAUCAAUGAUGAUCUGCGACACACUGGUUUGGCUUCCGGUCAUACCGAUAUGAGUGUUACAGAACAAGCACAUUGUAUUGUCAUUCCGUCGUAUUCCGCGUGGUUCGAUUAUAAUGCGCUUCAUGGAAUUGAGCGACGUGCGCUUCCUGAAUUUUUCAACGGUCAGAACAAGAGCAAAACUCCGGAGGUUUAUCUUGCUUAUCGGAAUUUUAUGAUUGACACCUAUCGUUUGAAUCCACAGGAAUACUUGACGUUCACUGCUUGCAGGCGUAACUUGACUGGGGACGUUUGCGCCAUUUUGCGAGUUCAUGCAUUCUUGGAACAAUGGGGCCUAAUCAACUACCAGGUCACUGCACCUCUGGCUCCGUCCACCGGUGGUGGAGCCACAGAAGCUGCACGCUUAGCUGUGGCGGCAAGUUUGGGUCCACCUAGUACGGCACACUUCCACGUUUUGGCCGACAGUGCCAGUGGUCUCCAUCCAAUAGGGCCACAAAACCAAUCAGCCUUAAGUGCUACAACGACAGCCAACGCAGCUGCUUUGCCCGAAGGAUCAAUAGCUGACGGAACCAAAACGACUACCACGUCGGCAGCAGAAGUGUCGUCCAGCGCCAAUGGAGUUUGCAAACCUGAAGGGCAGCCAACUGAUGCAGGCGCUACAACUGGAAGCACCGGGUCUGCAAAUGUCAUUGGUUCAUCUCAACCCAACAGCGCCGCACUGACAAGUAAACCUAAUGCGUCGACAGGUGAUCCCGCUCUCCGUACUGAUCAGUACUUGAACAACGCCAGUACCAUUCGUAACACAGUACAGGCUCCCGGUGCGACUGCUGGUGACCUUCGAGCCAGCCAUGGAUCUGCUCCUUCAGUUCAAUCAGAAACAUCCGCAGAGGUGAAACCAAAUUCGACCCUCCUUCGAGGUGCAUCUCAAGGUGGCUGGAGCGAUCAGGAAACUCUGCUACUUCUCGAGGCCCUGGAAAUGUACCGUGACGAUUGGAAUAAGGUUGCCGAGCACGUAGGGAGUCGAACACAAGAGGAGUGUAUCCUCCACUUUUUGCGUUUGCCCAUAGAAGACGCCUAUCUAGAGGGAUGUGACCCGGUAAUCAAUUUGACCGCCCUAGCCAACACCAGCCACCCUCUUCCUCCGUUCUCCAAGGCCGCGAAUCCAAUUCUGUCCACGGUCGCCUUCUUGGCUGCAGCUGUAGAUCCUCGUGUUGCCGCAGCUGCAGCACAAGCUGCUCUGACGGAGUACGCAAAAAUGCGCAAUGAAGUUCCUGCCGGUCUAUUGCACGAACAUAAAGCGCGCGUAGAGGCUGCAGUUCGAAACGGAGAACAUGUUGACCCUAGUAAGUUCGGUUUAGACGAGGUUGGUGGCGAUGAUCGAACCAAAAUAUCGACGGAAUUGAAAAAGGUCCCUGAGUUAUCCCUCGGUGCUGAGACGACUACGGUGACUACUCCAAAGGAAUCUGAGAAGUCAGAGACCAUGGACACUUCUGUAGGAGGUGAUACACUUAAUAGUGGGGAAGCGGAAAAAGUAGAAGACGCUCAAGGUCCAGGGGAUAUACCUGCUGCCGCUCAGUGCGACUCAACAUCGGCCAUCUCUCAACCAAGUAUGGAGAAAUCGGAUGAACCGGGCGAUGUGAUUGAAGCCUCUGAAACGACCGAAGCGGUUGCGCUCAAAUCCGCGGACGUGACCAUGGAAGACAAUACUCAAGAAUCUCUCAAGUCAGGAGAAACUCUGGCGUCUGGUACUGACGAGAAUCCGCCAGCGUUGCAGACGGCACCAACCGAAAAAGAUGCCACAACGGACAAAGAGCAAGUAUCAAGUGAAAAAUCGAAAAUAACGUCUCCAACAGAACAUUCUCAAACAGAAACUGGCAAAACGUGUGAGAGUAAUUCAAUACCACCUAAUCCGGAUAGUUUGGGCACCGCAGCCGCAUGUGCGUUAGCUGCUGCUGCAACGAAAGCAAGACAUUUGGCCGGGGUGGAGGAAAAACGAAUCAAGGGAUUGGUCGCUCAGUUGGUUGAAACACAGCUGAAAAAUCCUUAUUCUGGUACACCGUCACCUCAGCCAUCUGCAGCUAACCAGUUCACUGCAGGCUCAGCUCCCGCGUCUAGUUCCCAACAUUCUGGUUUUCCUGCUCAACCGGUCGUUCAAGCUGCUGACCAUCGGCUCCCAUCGUCCAGUGGAGUGACACCUGCUGACAGUCCUCAUGUAACCGUGGCUCCCAGGUCGCCACAACCCAGCACCUAUCCACAUGGCCCUGUCAGUGGACAUACUUCUCCAACACCAAGUCAAAUUGUUCAGCAUCAUCCUCAAGAGGACACUCAAAAUCCUGUCCCCAACUUAUCCAAUGAAGCUUCCAACGAUUCAUGGUCUGGUGCAUCCUAUUCCACCACAACCGAAUCACAAAGUUCUAUUCGUCCGGGGGGUGACCUAGCAGCAAGGGAUGGUCGCCCUACUUCCAUCCCAUUGGACUCUCCGGCACCAGCUGUGCCAUCACAAGUCACUAACAACGCAACGGAGCAAUCAACUCCAGUGGCUCAUCCAACGCAGUUAUCUGAGGAAGAGGCCACUUCUGCACAGUUUUCCACAGAAUCCCAAAUUGAAACAGGUGCACCAGUCGAAUCUUUAAAAGUGAACCCACCGACAACCGAAGUGCCCAAAGCAAGCGGUCUAAUUCCGGCUUCAGAUAGCCAUCACCCCGGCUCGCCUGCUGAAACACGUGAGGUGGAAUUAUCAUUUGAUGAUUCAGCAAUGCAGGAAUCGUACACGACAGAGUAA